AUGGAGAGAAUUGAGGCGUCCUUGAAGAUCUCAAAGACCUCAAUUCAAAAAAAUGUACAUGAAGAAUUAGGAGUAAGAAAAUUAGUUUCUCGAUGGAUACCCCACCUGUUGACUGAAGAGCAGAAAGCAGCCAGGGUUAAUUGGUGUCAAAAAACGCUUGACCGUUUCAAUUCCGGAAACUCAAAAAAUGUGUACAGCAUUGUUAGUGGUGAUGAAUCGUGGAUUUACUGUUAUGAACCAGAAAAUAAAAGACAGUCGGCUGUUUGGGUGUUCCAAGAUGAAGAAAAGCCAACAAAAGUCAUCCGUUCUCGAACGGGUCAUAUUGCAACAAUUCCUCUUAAUGACCAAAGAACUGUUACUGUGGAUUGGUAUACCACCAUUUGUUUGCCAAAAGUCAUCACCGAGCUUCGAAAAAUCAACCCCGAAAGAAGAAUCAUCCUCCACCAAGACUAUGCAAGCUCGCACGCAGCCCAAAAAACAAGGCAGUAUUUAACGGAAGAAAACGUGGAACUAUUGGACCAUCCUCCAUAUAGUCCCGAUCUAAUUCCUAACGAUUUCUUUACUUUCCCGAAAAUUAAAAACAGACUGCGUGGUCAAAGGUUGCAGUCACCAGAAGAAGCAGUUGACGCAUUCAAAAAUGCCGUUUUGUAUCUGCCAGCAAACGAGUGGAAUAAGUGCUUAGAAAAUUGGUUCGAGCGCAUGCAGAUGUGUAUUAAUCUUCGUGGAGAAUACUUCGAAAAACAAUAAAUCCAUUUAAAAC